AUGGUUGAAUUUGAAAUGUCUGACCUUGGUAUGAUGCAUUACUUCCUUGGCAUAGAAGUAGUACAAUCAGCUAAUGGGAUCUUUAUUUCUCAAAAGAAGUAUGUGCAAGAUAUUUUGGACAGGUUUCGGAUGAAGGAUUGCAAUCUUGUAAGCACUUCAACUGAGUUUGGUUUGAAGCUAAACAAAGAUCAUGAAGGGAAGAAGGUGGACAACACACUUUACAAGCAAAUUGUUGGCAGUUUGAUGUAUUUAACUGUAACAAGACCAGACAUAAUGUAUUCUGUGAGUUUGAUUAGUAGAUAUAUGGAGAAUCCAACAGAAAUGCAUUUGUUAGCUUCCAAGAGAAUCCUUCAUUAUUUGCAAGGAACUUGA